AAUAUCGCGCCGUUUCGAUGGGAGGGAGGAGGAUGCGGCUCCCUUCAUUCUCCUUCUCGCGGAAGACUCCUCUUUUUUUUCGAAGCUUCUCGCCGAAGAUUUCAAAUACCGCUACUUGUCCAACCCGAGACCCCUAAUUCCCCGCCGCGAAAUCCCUAAACCCUAGCCGCCGCCGCCGCCCCCGCCCCGGCAUCGGCGACGACUCCGACCUCCAGAAGGACCUGGACGAGCCGCGCCGCUCCUGCAUCCUCUCCGGGAACGACCCCGACGCCGCGGUCGCGCAGGUCUCCGCCAGCCUCGCCGCCGGCACAUCAGGGGCGGGGGGCGGCGAAGAAUGGCUUUGUCCGAUGAUGACGAGGAGGAGGAGGACGAUGGCUUUGGCGCUCGUCCGUAGCAUCCGUGAGAAUCUCCUCAACAAGGCCUCUUGCCCUCCUCACCCGAUCUGCGUCUGGCCGCCCUCCGACUUGGAGGAGGACGACGACAACGACCUCGAGACGCUCCGUGCGAUACAGCACCCACUUCUCGCACUACCAUUCCGGUACCUCCAGUGGGUCAGAGACAAAUACAAAAACUGAGGAAAUCUUUUUCGAAAUAGACUUGAUGAAGAAUUUGAUGUGGAUAAGCAAAAUAAAGAGGCAAUUACCCCAAUUGGGUUUCCUAAAGCUGCCUGCUGUUAGUGGAUGCUCUUAAGAAGAACAGAGCAUGCCAGAAGUUCAUUAGAAGGUAGAUUACAAUUCAAGCGAAAUUGAAGAAAAUAAGAAUCUUAAUCUUAAGGAUCAUGUAAAAUGCCUUUUGGAUUAUCAGUUAAGCCGCAGAAAAGAAUUUGGCAAAAUUUUGUGCCAAAAUGAGGAUCAUUAUGUUAGAUUGUUUUCCUCUCAAAAGCCAUGUGCACAAUCAGCGAAGGUAAUUAUCAUUUUGUGUCUACAUCUAUUUAUUGGAUGUUUACUAAUGACAUGUUAUACCUGUGGAU